UCUGGGCAGGGAUCAUGUCUAUGUCGGUAAGCACUGUAUCUGUGGCAUCUAGAUAUGGUGCUCAAUAUAGAAAAAUCUCAAGAUAGGUGUGCUGGCUAACUAAUGAAUUAAUUAUAUCACCUUGGGUCUUAUAUCUUCUCACUCUUUCAGGACCAGAGAAUUAUUUUUAGUCUAUCUAAAUUAGAGUUCCAGUUCUUACCUCUUCACUCCUCCCUUAAUUGCUUUAGUUGUAGGCUCUGGGUAUCUUUCUUAAAGUGCUGAGAUCAGAUUUGUAACCAGUCCCACUGGCAGAAUUCACCAGAGAUUUGCACAAAGGGAUUGUUAAGUAUUUGGUUUGGUUUCUGUAUCCCAAGGCUUUUUCCUGCUAAAAUAAACUUUGCCACCCUCUCCCAGAGCAAAACCGCUAGUUCUGCUAACUGGGUCACUUGCCAGAGAGCCAAGAUUCUGUCUUUUUUUUCUCCUGGUCUUGUCUAGGGCCAAGACCCAGUGAGUUGAGCUCUAAAGACUUGCCAAGACUUUCUAUUAAUGCCAGUUCCUACCAUCAGCCCAUACCCCCACGCUCCUGCCUUCAACCAGACCCUCCACUUCCCAAGGCCACUUGCCAAAUUGUGUCUCUGGAAAGUUUGAGGCAGUUCCUGGCCUAACAUUUUUCACCUGGUGCCCUGGCAAAGGGCACGGGUCCAAGGUCACAGCUGCCAUCCUUCCUCUGAGGUCUUGGGUGUGAAAAAUGCUUCAAAUGAAAUCCUCUCAUUGAGCCAAGCAUUUCUGAGCCCAUUGCAGGUUCCCUGGGAAGUUGGAUCAAUGGUCCAGGCUCCAAAGACAACUGUGUUAGGAAUUUGGUAGCAGCUUCUUUUUAGAAGUCUAUAUGCGAGGCCAGUUAACUAACGGAAUUGUCUGGUCUAGAGGAAGAAGGUCAAGGAGAAUUCCUCAAAAGGCAGUUACGGCGGAGCGGGGAGAAAACAUCGAAUCCGCCCGGUGGGUGUUUCCCCAAGCCCGGCAGCCUGGAGCACACCGUCUGCCCCCAAGCUGCUCAGCUCCUUGGGGAGAUAGCAGGAGGAUGUAUUAAGUAUUGCAACCUAAGACUCAGAAAAACACAAAACCCGGUUCCACGCGGUGCUUUAGUGGCUAAAAGUGAAAGAGCUGCCUUGGCAGAAUUCAGCUCUAUGAAUCACUUCGGAAAAUUGGUUCGACUGAAUGGCCUUAGGAGGAAAAACGUUUUAAUAGGAUCCAGGGGAGGUUCUGCUGUUUCAAUCUGCUCCUUAAACAGGUGGAGAUUGGACCUUCUCAAUUAUACAAACAGGGAGCGCGGGCGCCAGUUGCCUCCUUUUAAAGUUUGAGGGGCGGUGGCGGCGGCGGCCGGCAGGCGCGGGGGAACACAGGGGCCGCUACGGGAGCCGCGCCGCCGCCCAUGUCAUUCCACUUCAAGUGACUUCAUGUGAUGUCAGCUGAAUGUAAAAGACAGUGAUCUCACGCGGAGGGGAAGAUGUUUGCCAUCAAAAUGUGACAGAGGAGACACGCUGCAUGGCUCGGAACGCAUCUCCUUGGCGGUGGGGGAAAGAGACUUAGAGAAGAGAGGCUGCGCCCCGGCCCAGUCCAGCACGGCAAGGCUCGGCUCGGCGCGCCAUGGCCAGCUCGGCUUCCCUGGAGACCAUGGUGCCCCCGGCCUGCCCGCGCGCUGGAGCGUCGCCGGCCACUUCCAAGACGCUGGCCUUCUCCAUCGAGCGCAUCAUGGCUAAGACGUCGGAGCCCCGUGCGCCCUUUGAGCCCCGGCCGGGGACGCUGGAGGCAGACGGUGGCCAGGGCAAGAAAUUGCUCAACCUCUGCUCGCCGCUGCCCUGUAUGAUCCCCCUCCAGCCCCUAGGCUACGAGGUGCCGUCCAAGACGCUGCUCAGUUACUCGGAGCUCUGGAAAAGCAGCCUCCGGGCGGGCGGCGGUGGAGGAGGAGGAGGAGGAGGAGGAGGCGGCGGUGGCGGGGGGGCCCCGGUGUGCGGCGCCAGCGGCUUGUGCAAAACCAACUGUGGCGUGUGCUGCAAGGCCGAUCUGGGCCUGGCGCCGUCUGCGCUGCCGGCGGGCAGGGUCAUCAAGCCGCAGGUCAUCAACCAGGCGGUGGGGCUGCCGGCCAGCGGCUCGCUCUACUACUUCAACUACCUGGACUCUGCCGCGUACCCGCCGUCUGAGCUCCUCGGAGGCCACCUCUUCCCAUCCGGCCUCCUCAACGCACAGGCCCCCGCUGCCCUAGCUGCGCACCCCAAGCUCUUUUUGCUGGAGAACGCCAAGUUGGCCGGCCUGGCCGCGGACAAGUUCCCCCAUCCGUCCCCCUAUACCCAUAAGGAGCGCUUGCCCGCGCCGCUGGAGCAGGUGCUGAAGGAGAACUCGGCUCUGACCGCAGAGCGCGGCGGCGUGAAGGGCCACAGCAAGCUGCCCGGGGGCUCUGCGGACGGCAAGCCCAAAAACUUCACCUGCGAGGUGUGCGGCAAGGUGUUUAAUGCUCACUAUAACCUCACCCGCCACAUGCCGGUCCACACCGGAGCCAGACCGUUCGUGUGCAAAGUCUGCGGCAAAGGCUUCCGCCAGGCCAGCACGCUCUGCAGACACAAAAUUAUCCACACCCAGGAAAAGCCGCAUAAAUGCAACCAGUGCGGCAAAGCCUUCAACCGCAGUUCCACGCUCAACACGCACAUCCGCAUCCACGCGGGCUACAAGCCCUUCGUCUGCGAAUUUUGCGGCAAAGGCUUUCACCAAAAAGGGAAUUACAAGAACCACAAGCUGACCCACAGCGGCGAGAAGCAGUACAAAUGCACCAUCUGCAACAAGGCCUUCCACCAGGUCUACAACCUGACCUUCCACAUGCACACCCACAACGACAAGAAGCCUUUCACGUGCGCCACUUGCGGCAAAGGGUUUUGCAGAAACUUUGACUUAAAGAAACACGUGCGCAAACUCCACGACAGCGUGGGGCCUGCUGCCCCCUCCACAAAGGACCUGACUCGGACAGUGCAGAGCUGAGAGCUACUGCCUCGCCCUCCCUUCCAGCCCCGUCCAGCCCCCAAACAGAUCACACGUAUAAACUUAUUUCUAAAAUUAAAAGAAAAUUAAAAAAAAAAA